AGUCAUACCGACCGCGAUUGCACGCGCGCACGUCGCGCCUCGCCUCGCCGGCACCCGCUACUCUCGAUAACGCGCCCUAUUUGAACACAACACUCGCUCUAGCUACACAAUCAUAAUAUAAAUACGUACUAUUUGCUAUUAUCGUGGUGGGCAUCGAUUGUCGGUUAAAACCUUCGCAAGUUCCAAACCGGCUCGGCGACCAUAUGAUCCGCAUUGUGCCCGUCUGAUCUCCGACAUCGGAGAACAGUCACGAUGUUUACCGAUUGAAACUAUCAAAAAGUGCAUUCGUCUUUGUGUAGACAUCCGUGUAAGAUGACUCAGUGACAGAAAACUUUCUAAGUGUUGUGCUGUUGUGACACGAUUAUGUUGGAGAUGUGAAUGUUGUCAAGUUCGAAAUUGGUGUUAUUUGAAAAGUGCGAUGGCUGGCACUAGUGAGGAAGGUGGAAGUGCGGAGGUGGAGGGUCCAGCGGUCGAAGGCCGCAAACGUGGUCUCAGCGGGUCGAUGUCGCUGCGGACACGCAAGUUGGGCCGGCGAUUGUCACGCAGCAUGUCAAUCGUGGCUUUGAAGCUGCCGGAAAAGGCCCAAAGCAUCACGAGGACAUCUUCUAAGUUAAUGCGGACCGGUACCCGCGACAAGAAAAAUCGCGCGUUCGAAUUGUCAGUCAUACUACCAGACAAAACUCAGAAACAGGUUAUGGUAGCUGGACAUAGUACGGUGGCUGAGAUCGUAUGUGAGCCUCUCCAGGAGACCGGUGCAGUAGUAGCAGGGCUUCCUACAGGGCCAUUAUCCGCGCCUCAAACUGUACCUCUCUCAGGCCCUUUACCACUUCCUUCAAUAUCAUCUCCGUCCGCUCCGCCGGCAGCCCUUCUUUUCCUGGGUGGGUCGAAAGCUCCUGUUGAUCCCAGAGCAUCAGCCACAUCAUUAGAAGGCGAAGUCCUUGUGGUAGAAUAUCAACCUCCACAAUGGGACGGCAAGGACCUCGAAUCUUUCAUUGCCUGGGAGAAAAUUUACGCUGCAACAUUGUUUUCGGCGUUGGAGUUAUAUGGAAAACCGUUGCUGCGAGCUGCUGUCAUCACAAAAGAAGAGUUUCAUCUACUAUUUUAUUACCUACAAUCAGUUUCUGAAGCUAGCGAAGCACUAACUGAAAGAAUGAGAAAAUAUAUUGACUCGGGGUUAUUAAUGAUUGAAGAUAAACAAAAAGAAGACGAUACUUUAUCAGUAGCUACAAAGAAAUCAUUGGAAGAAGAACCGAAAAGUAUUUUGAAUGAAUUAGUCAAAGAAGGACUUAUAUCCCAGCAUGAUAUUGAUGCAGUUUCAGAAAUAACUAAUUCAGAGCACAAUGAACAAGUAACCGAUAAUCAUAAAUCAGACGAUGACAAUGGUUCCAGUAUUUCUUCCAUAAGUGCUGGUCUCCGAAAGGUGAUAGUAGACAUACCCAUAGACUGCAAUGAAUCUGUAACAGAUAGCUCCAUCAUAGAAUCAAGCGAUAACGUGACAACUGUAACGAUAAGAAGCGGCGGCCAAUGUUGUGCGGAUCACAGAAUAUCAGCUGAUAUAACAGAAAACGUCUGGGCAAAUGUUCGAUGGGAUUUUCUGAAUCCAAAUGAUUUCGGCUACGAUCAAGUCCGCAGUGUAAAAAGAUGUCGUUCUGAUUCAGCAAUUACACCUGUGGCACAGCGAAAACAUGAAAAUGAAGAUAUUUAUGAAAGAUUGCGUGAUGAUGAAGUAGAGUCUAGUGGCAGUAUAACUCCAUACGAAUCGAUCGAGGAUUUAUAUGAUCGUAUAAAAAAUACGCCAUAUGCUAGUGCAGCAGUGGAAGAAUCGUCACCUUCUACAGAAAGCCAAUCUGAGCCACAAUAUCCUGAUUACUACGAAAAGUCGAGCACUACUCAUCAGAGUUCUACCGGUAGCGAAAAAAGUGGCGCCUCAUCCGCGUUUCCAUUUUCGAAAUGUGGUUCGAGCGAUUCAACGGGUGCGUUUACAUCGUGCGAGUCGACUAGCGGGAUCAGUACUUUCGCUACGAAAAGUAUCCCGGAGUCGCUAAAAAGUCGUGAAUUGCCGCCUCCACCGUCAGAGGCUGACUCUAGCGAGAGCGCGAUUUUGAUGAAGCAAUUAUUUAUGGGAGAACUGAUGGAUGCUUACGGAGAGUUCCUGUCGGCAUAUCCGUUUGCACGUGCUUUAUUAAGACGGAAGGCGCGUCGAGACGAGCACUUUACUGCCCUUGCUGACAUCCGCAGAGGAGCUGCCAAACAUACAAUUGCUGACUAUCUGGAGUUACCGAUCGAGCGCUUAGCUCAAUACGAACGGUUAGUAGGGAGUGGAUGCGGGAGAAGACGAGCCGCACGUCUUUCUGACCUGGAGCGAGUGCAAGACCUGUUCCCGCAUGACUACCUGGCGCUCCACGAUGCCGACGCACCCGCCGCACUUGCCUCACACCAUGCUCAGAAAUCGAAAAGUCUUCGCAAACGGCCAAGCCUGGACAUCGGUGGAACCGUCACCACUAACAAUAAUUCGUUGUCGCCCAGAACAUUUAUCAUGGAGGCUCCCGUCCAGUUGAAUCCUUUAGGAACAACUUCCCCACCGUUAGAACGUCAUUUGUUCCUAUUCAGCGAUCUAUUGCUAGUCGGGAAGUCACGAGGCACAAAUUGCUUUAAGCUAAAAGAGAGCGUGAGAUUGGCAGAAGUUUGGCUAUCAUUGCCAGAUAGUGAUGACACGGGCUUUCUUAUUGGAUGGCCGACGACUAUAGGGGUUGCUAAUUACCUCGCUACAUACCCAACACAAGCUGCCAGAGACACUUGGUAUAGAAAAAUUCAGAAUGCUUUAAACACACUAUUAGCAACAGAACCAAAGUCAACAAAUAUCCAGAUAUUUUUUAAAGAUUUGACAAGUUCAAUAGAAUUCUGUAAAACUGUGUCCAUUGGACCUGAAAUGAGUGCACGAUGUGUAGUGCGACAAGCACUAAACGUAUUUCAAAAUGGAGGUAAUGAGGGAGAUGGUGACGGAGAGGGAGAAGGAGAGAAUGAUGACAGUCGUUGGGGAACUGCUAACGAAUUCACGUUAUUCGUCAGGACCACAAGAGAUUCACCUCCGACACCCCUACAUGGGAUUGAAAGACCUCAUUCAAUACAGAUGUCAAGAAUAAGACAGACUUUAUCUAAUGAAGAUGGUUUCGACCUAGAACACGUGAACGCAAAGAAUAAUCCAUGCGGACUUGUUUUCGAGUUAAGAAAGAAAAACCAAGGAAUAAAAAACGGUAGUGGAACGCCAGGACGCGGGUUACGUCUACUGCGUCGUGGCGGACGUCUGUUCGGUGUUGCCCUGACAAGACUUUGUAAUGGCACACCACCACCCGCAUUGCUUCGAGCACUCACCCGUUUAAGAGUGGUCGCUCCCCUAACACACGGAGUAUUUCGCCGAAGCGCGAAUGCGAAGGCACUGCGGCUGCUGAGAGAUAAGAUGGAUGCCUUAGGCCCUUGGGCAGAAUCGUGCGCUGAACUGGAGCGUGCGCCAGUUUUGCUUCUGGCAGCUUUAGUGAAGGAGUUCUUCCGUGCUUUGCCACAGCCACUGCUUUCUGCGGAGCUCUACCCGGCCUGGCUGCAAGUACUCACGUUGUCACAAGCAGAAAAGGUGCCUGUAGUACGCUCCUUGCUACUAAAGUUACCUAAAGCUCAUUACACCAUGCUGACCUACUUCGUAUGCUUGUUACAAGCCAUCGCAAAGAAGUCCAACAUUAACCUUAUGUGCCCUAUGAACCUCGGUGUUUGUGUUGGACCCAGCCUUUUAUGGCCUAACGCGCCCUGUGAUAAAGCUCCAAAAGCAGUGCCAAUGGUAGUGGAACUCCUUAUAGUGAAAGCUGAAGCUUUGUUUGGACCACAGAUUAGUGGUCUACUUGGAAACGGCAGUCCUGAAUCUUCAAAUGCUCUACUUGAUUCAGGGGCUGAAGAAAGUGACAGUCUACAUUCGGUAGGCAUUUCAUUGGAUUCUAUGGAGCUUACUACACCACGCAAGGAAAAGUUGUCCCUAAGUAGAGAUUCAGGUUUAACCCUGUCAGAAGACGACUCAAAUAGCAACGGUGGAAAUAGCCCUGCGCCUAGAAAUAUCUUACAUAGUCUUUCAACGCCGACUUGUAAUCUACAAGACUCGAAACUUAGUUCACGAUAUAACACCGACAAUCAUAACGUUAAUGGUCUUCCUCAAGUAUCACAAAGACAAAAUAUUUAUUCAAAUAAAGCAGAAAUGUACAGUACAGUAAACGAAGAACUGUACACCACACCAUACACUGGAGAACGUUACGUGCAUAAUUCGAUAAACAUUGGAAUAUCUAAUGGUAUUGAUGAACGAAACUAUGUUUCUAAAACUGCACUCCAACGAUCAACGGCUGACGUUUAUGGACAAUGUCCAGCAAAGUAUAUUACUGGCCUAGAACCACAAAAACCACCAAGAAGUAUAUCAAAGGCAGCAAGGACAUCAAAAGUUUACAGUAUGUUUGCAGAAACACAAGAAACAGACAAAAAUAUACCGAACAAAAAUUUUAACAGAGCAAAAAGUUCUGACAAUUUGUUGGAAUCAAAGCAGGACUCGAUAGAAACCAAACGUGAUUUGGUUUCUAGUCAAGAAAAUAUUGUAUACAGCAAUAUACACGACCUUGCAAUGUUCACAGAAAACAUUCAAAGACAGAACCAAUACCAAUCUCGCACCGAAGUAACAGCGAACUCUAAUAUGAACUACUCCCGCGUUUACUCCGGGUGGGAUAAUAAAACUACUAGUUACAAUAGUAAAAACAGCAAUUGUUCGUCGGAAAAUGUUUAUGGACAAAUGAUAAACAAAAAGCAGGGGGAGUCAUCACAAAAUAAACAAGAUGGAAAAGUCACACCAGCAGCCACUAUUUUCACGAGAAAUGACUGGUCUCGUCAAGCAGCGAGGACAAAGAGUUUGGAAGUCAGUGACGAAAUCCCCACCAAUUCAGAGAGACCUCGCAACGAAAAUUAUGAAGUGAAUAUUGUGAAUGGGUGUCGAAAAAGACGUUUCGAUCCAGCACACAUGUGCACCAAAAGUUGCUCGGGAGUUCAAAUGAAAACUAGAGAGCAAGAAAAACACGUGAAUUCGCUUCAAAACUCUUACUCUUAUGUCGAUGAUCGUCUAAGUAGUAAGUCCGAUGAGAACAAAAAGUGUAGAUUAAAAAACUAUAACAACAAUAAGUUGAACCAGUCCAAAUCGUUGGCAAAUAUCAUAAUUCAUACUGAUUCAAGUAGCAGCGAUACACUAUACCAACCACAGAACUCGUUUAAUAGUAGAUCGACAGAGUCCCCGGCCAGUGAGAAUUCGUUCGAGAACUGUUAUACGACUCAAUACAUCGAACCACUGUACACCUCUGUCUACAACCGCACAAGGGAUAUAUUCCACGAAGAUAAAUACAACAUGUUCUCCUCCGAUAUUUAUAAAGCAACACCAACUGCCGUACAACCAGAGUAUCACAAGACGGAGGAACAGAAUAAUAAUAAAAAACCACCGCAUAUGCCUCCACCUGUUCCACCACGAAAAAUGAUCUACCAACGAGUUUUAAAAAAGUUCCAACCAGUUCAUGUGAACAAAGAGGACAAGACGACACGUUCCAAAUCUGUGCCGCGUCUCUAUUCGAUCAAUGGUUCUAACAAAACGCAAAAUGGCAUAGCUUUAGAUGGUUCUGAAUCUGACACGGAAUCAGAAUCUUACGUGUGA